AUGGAUUCAAGCAGCGACAACUUCGAUUAUGUUUUCCAACUCAUCAAGGUUUUGGGCUCAGAGUGUAGGGCCAAUAGGCAAGAAAGUGAUAAAAUUGAAAGUAUAUUGAGGAGACUGGCGAAGCAAUCAGGUCUUUCCUACGAUCAACUCUCUGAAAAGGUUUCUGAAAACACACGACAGAAGUAUGAUGAAGUUUCUGCCCCGGAUUCGACAGACAAGCUUAUUUUGGAGAACUACAGCCUUAUCUAUGAGAUCGAACUUCAAGAAUAUUUGAACCGUAGAAUAUGGAGUCUGAUUCAAGAAAUAGUCGAACACUUAAACUCCAUCAGAGGAUUCAUUAUUGAGCGAAAAGUUACAGGAACUCAGACCAUCGAUUAUUACAUUCAGGAUAAGUUCGAUUUGAAAAUGGAGCAGCUCAGGAGAAGCAAUGAAAGUCUGCAAGAUACUAAGCGUGUAACUCGAGAUAAGCUUACCGCCAUCUACGAUGAAAUAAGAAUAGUGCUGGGGCAGAUUAACUGGGAUGAUGUACCGAGUAACUUCAAAGAGCGCGAGCGAAUUUUCCAGAUCUUGCUGCAACUCAAAGAUUCUUAUGGAGUUGACCUGAUGAAAACAGUCUUUUGA